AUGAAAUCAUUAGCAUUAUUGUUAUCGUUAUUAAUCAAUUUUUCUAUUGGUAGUUAUAUAAAUUUCAUCCCAUAUGAUAAUUCAGAUUGCACUGGAGCAAUCAACGGGGGAGGUUGGUCUAUUUUGGAGUAUGCUUGUUUUUCAAUCGAUGUCAGAUACAAUUACCAAUUUACAACCCAUACUUUAAAUGGUGAAGGAUUUGUUCAAUGGACUCAAUUCCCAAGAGUUGUAGGAAAAACACAAUGUUUUUAUCAAGACUUACCAAUAAGUAAUGCAUCAAUUGGAUCAUGUUAUAAGAAUAACCCUCUAUCAACAUUUGAUAUCUUUCGUUCAUUACCAUCAAAUCAAUAUUAUUUAAUUUCAGUUACAAGUGAACCAUUUUACCCAACUAAUCAAGCAGGUAUGAUUGUUUUACAAUAUAUGGGUAAUGGUGAAUGUUCAAAUGAUAAUGUAGAAAUAAUGCAAUAUUUUACAAAUAACACUCAAAGUGAAGAUGGUAUAACUGGUAUUCAAAUGAAAUGGUAUUGUAAUGAUGAAAAUGAACCAUAUGAAACUCAAUGUUUUAAUGGAAAGAACUGUUUUGAUAUGCCACAACAAUACAAAUGUUCACCAACUCAUCCAUUCUUCAAUACAUCCGAUGAAAUUUCAGGUGGUACUGGUGCUGGUGAUUAUUCAGGUACUGGUUCAGGAAGUAGUAGUGGUAAUAGUGGUACUAGCGAUGGAGGUAGCAGUGGUUCUGGUUCUGGUUCUGGAAGUGGUGCAUUUAUCUCUAUCAUUGAUCAAAAUGAUAAAAAUAAUAACAAAAAUAAUAACAAAAACAAAAACAAUAAUAAUAAUAAUAAUAAUUACAACCAAUAUGAAAAAUCAACUGGAGAUGGUGGUAUAACUAAACCUCAUGAUAAUUAUAUAUCCUCAUUUUGUACUUGA